GAGCCACCAUUGUGUGAAAAGGACAAAGACAGAGUUCCUGCUCUUCCUACGGAAAACGCUGUCCAGACCAGCGGCUCAGUGGGUGAUCUCUCCAGUGACACAGAUGAUUCUCCCCUUGAGCAGUCUGUUACAUUACCUCAGCAAAGCUUUCGGAGGAGAGCAAACACCCUGAGCCACUUGCCAACAGAAAGCCAGGAGUCUCUGGAACCUGUUGAAACAUCACCAACUGUUCCUCAGAGGAAACUUAUGAGUGACUAUGAAUCCAAGCACAGCCAUCAGGCCAUCGAUGCAGAGAGCCCUGUAAGGACUCGAAGGCAUUCGUGGAGGCAACAGAUAUUCCUGCGAGUGGCAACUCCUCAGAAAGCAUGUGAUUCUCCCAGCAGAUAUGAUGAUUACUGUGAAUUGGGAGAACUUCCACCCAGAUCCCCACUGGAACCAGUAUGUGAAGAUGGACCUUUUGGGCCAGUGAAGGAGGAAAGGAAACGAACACCCCAUGAGCUUCGUGAGCUGUGGAAGAAAGCCAUUAUUCAGCAGAUACUGCUCCUCAGAAUGGAAAAAGAAAACCAGAAGUUACAAGCUUCAGAAAACAAUUUGCAGAACAGACGUCUGAAACUUGACUAUGAAGAAAUCACACCAUGCUUAAAAGAAGUAACUUUGAUUUGGGAAAAAAUGUUGAGUACGCCUGGAAGGUCAAAGGUUAAAUUUGAUGUGGAAAAAAUACACUCUGCUGUUGGGCAAGGAGUACCACGGCACCACCGUGGGGAGAUAUGGAAGUUUCUAGCAGAGCAAUACCACCUUAAACAUCAGUUCCCCAGUAAACAACCACCAAAGGACAUACCUUAUAAAGAACUCCUGAAACAACUAACUUCCCAACAACAUGCAAUACUUAUUGACCUGGGGCGCACGUUUCCAACACAUCCAUACUUCUCAGCACAGCUGGGAGCUGGGCAGCUGUCACUCUACAAUAUUCUGAAGGCCUAUUCACUUCUGGACCAGGAAGUAGGAUAUUGCCAGGGCCUUAGUUUUGUAGCAGGAGUUUUACUACUUCAUAUGAGUGAAGAAGAUGCUUUUAAAAUGCUGAAGUUUCUCAUGUUUGACAUGGGCCUGAGAAAACAGUAUCGUCCCGACAUGACAAUUUUACAGAUCCAGAUGUACCAACUGUCUCGACUUCUUCACGACUACCACAGAGAUCUCUACAACCACCUAGAGGAACAUGAGAUUGGCCCCAGUCUGUAUGCUGCUCCCUGGUUUCUCACCAUGUUUGCUUCCCAGUUUCCCCUUGGAUUUGUAUCCAGAGUGUUUGAUAUGCUGUUUCUUCAAGGAUCAGAAGCUAUAUUUAAAGUGGCUUUAAGCCUUUUGGGAAGCCACAAGCCCUUGAUUCUGCAGCAUGAGAACCUAGAAACUAUUGUUGAUUUUAUUAAAAGCACUCUCCCCAACCUGGGUUUGGUACAGAUGGAAAAGACCAUUAGUCAGGUGUUUGAAAUGGAUAUUGCCAAACAGUUGCAAGCUUAUGAAGUUGAGUAUCAUGUGCUUCAGGAUGAGCUUAUAGAUUCAUCUUUAAAUGACAAUCAGAGACUGGAUAAAUUAGAAAAGGCAAACAGCAGCUUGCGCAAACAAAACUUUGAUCUCCUGGAAGAGCUGCAGGUGGCUAAUGGAAAAAUCCAAAACCUUGAAGCCACAGUAGAGCUCUUACUGACCAACGAAGGCAAACUGAAGCAGUCCAUUCUCACUCUUGAGCAGGAGAGAGCAGCUUUGCUGAAAGCAGUGGAAGACAUGCAAAAAAAGAUUGGUGAUACAGAUGGGAAGACUCUACUUACUAGACAAGAGCACAUGGAUGCUGACUGACAUGCACAGUUGUAUUGGAGCAGAGAAACUGAGCAAGAAACAAAGGGAAGAACUGAGUCUUUUUGUCAUGAUCCAUGGGGAUUUAACACCUUCAUUGUACAUGCCUUACUGUAGCAAAGCAAGUUACAGGCAUGGGAGAUUUCCAUAUCAGAGGAGCUGGUUUCU